ACGCAUUUCAUCCUGAGUUCGCUCAUGUCCUCAACCCCUCGAGGCUCCAAACGACCGCUAGACGAUCCCGAGCGUCCCCCAGCCUCUCCAGCUCGGAGAAGAGGAAACAGUUCGAACAGUUCGAGCAGUUCUGGGUCGACGACUGUUCCUGAUCCUGCUGGUGCUGGUUCUGGGUUAGGAUCGACGGGUAACGCUCGGGCGCAGGGGAACGGCCCUGGGAUGACAGGGAUCGGGAUGGGCAUGCCUAUGGGAGGCAUGGGAGGUGUGGGACAGCAAGCACUUGGAGAGCUAGGGCAGGCGUUACGCACUUCGACCGCUUCUCCCGUCACACUCGCCCAGCUACAACAACAAUUCACGCGAAACUCGCUCAGCGCCCAGGCACUGCCUAUAGGCCUGGGGAUGGGCACAGGCACGGGCACAGGCAUGGGCAUGGGGAUGACGGACGUUCCCCUCUGGCAGCCUUGGUUCGGUUCUGCAGGCCCCGCUCUGCAGCAAGCGUUCCCCCUCCCCUUGCCUAUAUCUCUCCCCCCUGCACCGCAAGGCCAGCCUCAGCCCCAGGGGCAGCAAGCACAGAUCCCCUCCGGGCAUGGGAGCCCCGUUGCGUUCGGCUCGCUCGGACUUAAGAACGUCCCUUCCUCCUUUGGGCCGCCAUUCCAAGCGCAGGGGAUCAGCUUCCCCCAGCUCCAACCUCAGAACCAGAACCAACAGCAUCAGAAGCAGCAAAAUCAGAAUCAAGCGCAGAACCUUUCUCCUGCACAAACACUCCAGCCCCAGCUUACGACUUCUGCAGGGGGAGACGCACUCCUCAUGCCUCCACCUUCGCUCCCUCUUCCCGCGCGUAACUCGCCUACUGUGCCUCCGGGUCAGUUCACCUUCCCUCCUGCCACGGGCUGGGCCGGAGGAGGACACGACGCGCUCUAUCGGCUUUUUCAAUCCCAGUCUCAAUCCCAAUCCCAAUCCCAAUCUCAGUCACAGUCCCAAGCACCCCUCCAGCCCCAACAACCCGGGCAAUUCCUCUCCACCUCCGCACCCCCAACGAUGAGCCCCUCCACCCCUCUCCUGCCCCUCUCCAGCCCCGGCCCAAAAGUCCAGAGUGUAGAUCCCUCACCCCGUGUAAAGCCCGGUAGUACGCUCCCCUCGAGUCAGGUCUCGUCUCUCGGAGAUGGGGACGAGAGGAUGAGUGACGAUGAGGCUUCUGGGGCUGGAGCUACAGUCCCCUCGGGGGCGAACGUGGUGAGCACCGGAUCUGCCCCGCCUCUCAAGGGCAAGCGCGGAGAGGGAAGCGUAUGGCGCCCUGAGGAAACAGAAGACCUCUUCAGAUGGGUCUUCUCCAGCCCACAACAUAUCCUCGAAGCCGACCAACGCCCCUCGCGGUUCUUCAUCCACACCCCCGCGUCCAUCGGUGCCCCUAGGCCAAGGCACGGGAUCGCCAAUCGCUGGAAACGGCUGCUCGAGACCCAGCGCCGGCUGAACGAGUAUGACGCCUGGGCGCGCGCGGCGGGAUUGGAACCGUAUGUUGAUAACAAGUUUCGCGUGGGGAGGCAGAUGGAUCGUGCUCGGGAGGAAGGGGUGAACCUGGGCCAGCUCACGUCGUUUACUGCUAUGAUAUGGUAUAACCGCGGUUGGCUGAAAGAGUUCAACCAAUUUAUCCCUCCAGAUAGGAACGAGUUCCCCCCUGCAGGGACGCUGACCCCCGCGAGCCAGAACGGGCCUGCACUGGCUGAGGAACAGGCCUCGGACGACGAAGACGAUGAUGACGAAGCGUCCGAAAUGAUGGACGCACCUACGAUCUCUUCCCCCUUCCGGCGCGCUCCUCCGCUCCAAGCACAAGUCUCCCCCCGACCUGGGAUGAACUUGACCUCUCGUAGAUCUGCUGGUAACCUCUUAGCUCCCAACGCUCCCACUGUACAGCUCAACAGCCCCCAAUCGUCUUCUUCCCGCACACUUGACGACAUGCCUACCGACCCAGCCGAACGGAAGAAAAGCGACAAGAUGGAUCGUGCGAUCAAUGUUGCGCUCCAGCUUGUGACGCAAGAUAGUCAGAAUAUCGACCCGGCCUUACGGAAGAAGGCGACUGAAUUGCUCAACAGCGUUCUGGACCAGGCUAAUGACGAUUAG